GCCCUGUCCUCCGGAAUAGCGGCACGAUUCUGCCUAUUUGGUUGCCGCAGGGUGAGGCGCCCGCCCUCGGGCCGGGCUCCCGCUUGGCACUGGUGGCCCAGGAAAAGCAAACAGACCCCAAAAGAUCUCCCUCCCUCGGGCAGCCGAACCGGACUCAGGCGGAGAGAGGCGCUCGGCCGUUUCUCCAGUCGCCCCUCUUGGGCCGAGUCUGUAGGAAGGCUCGGAAGCAAGAAGAUGAAAGUCACCGUUUGCUUCGGCAGGACCCGGGUGGUCGUGCCCUGCGGGGACGGGCACAUGAAAGUUUUGAGUCUGAUUGAACAAGCCGUCACCAGGUACAGGAAGGCAAUCGCCAAGGAUCCAAACUACUGGAUACAGGUCCAUCGUCUAGAACACAGUGAUGGUGGAAUCCUAGACAGCGAUGACAUUCUUCGUGAUGUGGCUGAUGAUAAAGACAGAGUGAGUAUUAAUAUUUCAAAGAAGACUAUUUCUUGUUUGUGAGCACUGAGAAAUUAUUGAUGUUUUACCUGAAAAGAAGGUAACAUUGAAUUUAAAACAGUCCAACUAAAUAGAAACUGGGUUUACUAGCUUACUGUAUUUUCAGCAAAUCUAUCAUGCUACUCUCACUUUACAAAUUACUUGAAGAAUGUCUUUUUUCAGAUAAAGAAAUGGAAAAAAGAACAAUGUAGCAUUUAAAACAAAUAACCUGGAAUUGGCAAAGAGAUUAGUUGCUAAGUAAUAUUUUUUAUGAUGAUACUUAUUCUAAUUAAAGUUAUAAAUAAUUUGAAGGAACAAAAUGAAUUAACAAUGUGAGACAAACAUUUAGAAGUUUACUCUUCAAAUUCUCAAGAGAGAACUAUAAAAAUGUUUCUUUGGAAAUGCAUACUUGGUUAAAUUUUUAGGAUGCCUCUAAAACUAUUUUAUUUCACUGCAUUGUAUGAUAAAUAUUUCUACAGCUACAUUAAAUAUUCAGCUUCAAGUAUACAUUAUCUUGGUAGAAUGGAAAGUCUUGAUGAAACAUUAUUUUC